AAGGUACGUCGUGUAAUAGAGAGAUGUCAGUUAAGUCGGCAAGUUGACGAAAUUUAGAAGAGUUUUUGAGCCUUGUGCACGGUCUAUAAGUAUACCAAAGUAUACCAUCAUUAUACUAAUUGUUUGCAGGGCUCCUGCAUUGGGGUCAACUCUUCUGGAUUCGAAUGAUUUAUUCCUUCGCUCUACAUAUGAAAAAGUUAGAAAUAUUUGCGAUCGAGCUAUCGAUAAGGAUUGAAAUUAAAACAAUCGUCGUGUACAGUUACAAAGAAAUCGGGGAAUCGUGUGAUCAAUAAUGUUUGUUAGUAUACUCGAUACGCAAGCCAAAACGUUAAUCGUGAUCAAAACGGAAAUUUAAUACGAAUUCAGUGGUAAGCUUUUUGGAGUUAGUGAAACAGUGUAAACACGUAAAUAAAAAUGUAGGGGAUUAAAAUCGAAAAAAUUAAACACGCAAGAUACCAAAUAAAUAUUAGGGAAUUUUUGUUUCAAUAUACAAAAAGAAAGAGAGGAAAGAAGGAAUUAGCUGUUGGUGCAGAAUUGAAACGAUGUACAACGAAAAUUCAGUUGUCAUUACGAACAUUGCAUGUUAAUUUAAUUUUUUCGGUGUGCAUUGUAACAUUCGAAGUAUUAUUCUAUAUAUACGAUAGGAUUUGUCAUUAGAAGUCAACUGUGAAACAGUGUUUUGUUUCGUGAUCGUAAUCGAUGCUGCGAUGUCUUGGGCUUCCGUAUUUCGUAAUCCGACGAGUUUGUGGAACUUUUUCUUUUUUAUAGGUAUUCAUCGUCUUGUUUGUUAGAGCGGAAGUUAAACGAAAAACUUCAGUCUCACGAUUUCUUGACACGAAUUUACUAAAGUUAUUCGCAAGAAAAAUAUUAUCACACAAAACAAAAGGGAAAUCGCGGAAUGGCAUCGUCUAUGGUAGCUGUUCCUUCAGGAGCAGCAUCGGUUUCAGCUGGAACUGGCAUUACACAGAAUGAGGAGGUCGAACAUGGAGAUGUCUUCAGUGAGCGAAACAUUAAUACUAUUAAUGGCUGCAAUGAAACUUCUAAUCCUGGAGAUGCUCUAGAAGAGAUAAAUUGUGGGACCGGUGAGACCGGCGAUCAAGAAUGUGCUAUUUGUAUGAGCAAACUUUGUUCUCCACGAGUGCUUUCUUGUCUUCAUGUGUUUUGCGAAGCUUGCUUGGACAAGCUUUUGAUGGAUGAGGCAGGUGACUCUAAGGUCAGUUCUGUCCUAAUCUGUCCUUUAUGUCAACAAGAAACUUCCAUUAGUUCUAAGGGUGCCGCGUCAUUGACGUGCGACUAUGUUUUAACUAAUAUACUUGACAUGUCCGCGAUUGAGAACAUGGCUGUACUCUGUACCUCGUGUAAAGCCAAAGAAAGCGCAGUUGCGCGUUGUUCGGACUGUGCCAACUUCUUAUGCCCGAAUUGCAACACUGCGCAUCAAUUUAUGCGCUGUUUUGAAAGUCACAAGGUUGUAGCUUUUGAAGAUUUAAAGCAAUCCAAUGAAGCUAUACCAAUACACAAACCUAUUUUUUGCGAGUAUCAUCCUGCUGAAAAUAUGAAGUUUUACUGUUAUACUUGCCAGGAACCUAUAUGCAAUGAAUGUUUACUCGUUGAACACAAAGCUCCAGAGCAUCAGUAUGAAAGAUUAGUAGAUGCAGAGCCUCGACAAAAAGAAGAAUUGAUGAAACUCAUGAAUGAAAGUAAAGCAAGGAUUGCGGAUUGUGACCAAGUUUCUGCGCAACUAGAAAAUGCGCUUAGCGAAUUACAAGCACAACAUGAUCAAGCUAAAGAUCUGAUUGUAGAGACAUUUCAGAGUUAUAAAGCUGUUUUAGAAAAAUGUCGUGAUAAUGCCUUGGUUGAGCUUGAAAAGUUACAUUCUGAUAGAGAACUAGAAAUAAUGGACACGUUUCAUAGCGUUGAAAAAACUGUGGAGAAAAUAGAAGAUGCUUGUCGUUUUACUUCUAGACUUUUGGAACAUGGUGAUGCUGUGGAAAUCCUUGCACUUCGCCGUAUUGUAGGAACACAAUUAAUGAAUUUAAUAAAAAAUACACCAAAGCCAAAUGUAUCUUUUUCUAUUGAAUUUCAAACUGAUUAUAAUCAGUUUGAGAAGACAGUAAAAGACGUGUUUGGAAAAUUUCAUACUGAGAGGACACCGGUGACAAAAUCUACUCCUGAACCAAUUUCAACAUUACCAGGAGUUUCAGCCACUCAACAGAUCGUUCAUACGUCAAUGGGCUGCCCACGUUCUAUCAGUACAAGAUCUCCUAUUUCUCUUCCUGCUUCCAUGCAAUCUUCAUUCGAAGGUGAUCCAUCAUUUGUUAUACCUCCGACGUCCAGCCCCCAAAAUAUUCCACCUCCGCCACCUCCUGUAUCCCUUCCUCCAGGUCCUAUUCACGGCCUUACCAGUAUUCAAGAGUACAAUCUACAGCAGUUAGCCAGUUUAGCGGAAAAGGUUGAAAUGGUCGGAGACACAAACGUAGUUGGACCUAGCUCAAAUCCUAGCCCAACUCCACCGUUCACUUUAGCGGAUUUAUUUGCUGGUGAUCUAAGCUCUACCAGUCAUGCAAUUAAUAAUUUGCAAGCACUUGCAAAAUUAGGAAAUACUCUUGGCAAUCAAGAUCUGGGAAACACAACAAUUAAUGGUGGUAGCGGUUUAGUGUUGGGUAGAGGUCCUUCACCUGCGAUUGUAGAUACGCCAAAUUUGGGUUUAACGGCCAACAGUCUUUUGAACGGAGGAUUUCAAUCUUUAUCUUCUUCCACCUCGCCCAUACUUUCACAGGGUGCUGACGAUUUAAUCGGAGAUACUAUGCAUAAUAUGCCGGUAGUCGUAGGAAAUACUGUUGGCAACGUAACUGGUUCCGGAUCUGGAAAUUAUGCUCAUCCACGUUCAAAUAACACAAAAUUAACACCAAUGCACAUUAGGUGUAAAUUUGGGCAGUUAGGUCCCAGUAAAGGUCAAUUUAGCUCGCCUCAUGGAUUUUGUUUAAGUGCCGACGAGGAUAUUAUUGUUGCCGACACAAAUAAUCAUAGAAUUCAGAUAUUCGAAAAGACUGGUAUUUUCAAAUUCCAAUUUGGUGUUCCUGGUAAAGAAGAGGGACAACUAUGGUACCCAAGGAAAGUCGCUGUAAUGAGAAACAGCGGGAAAUUUGUUGUUUGUGACCGUGGGAACGAACGAUCUAGGAUGCAAAUAUUUACGAAAAACGGUCACUUUAUGAAAAAAAUAGCAAUUCGUUACAUCGAUAUUGUAGCUGGCCUAGCUGUUACUAGCGAGGGUCAUAUUUUGGCUGUUGAUAGCGUGUCUCCAACAGUGUUUGUAAUCAGUGAUACGGGAGACCUUUUAAGGUGGUUUGAUUGUAGUGAAUAUAUGAGGGAACCAAGUGAUAUUGCAAUUAGUGGUAAAGAAUAUUUUGUUUGCGACUUUAAAGGACAUUGUGUUGUGGUGUUCAACGAAGAGGGCAAGUUUUUGCGUCGCAUUGGCUGUGACAAUGUAACAAACUUCCCAAAUGGGAUCGAUAUUAGCGAUGCAGGAGAUAUAUUAAUAGGAGAUUCACAUGGUAAUCGUUUUCAUGUGGCUGUUUUCUCAAGAGAUGGUUCCUUGAUCUCUGAAUUUGAGUGUCCGUAUGUCAAGGUAUCUCGAUGUUGUGGCUUGAAAAUAACUUCAGAAGGAUAUAUCGUAACUUUGGCUAAAAAUAAUCAUCACGUCCUCGUACUGAACACUCUUUACAUAUCAUGAAGCGAGGAAGCAGACCAAACAAGUAUGUCGUAAUUUUCUUCAGAGAGUGGAACUUCCUUGUGGAUCGCUCUGCUAUUAACGAAGGACGAAUCGAUUAAGUAAAAUAAACAAACAAAAAAAAAAAAUGCUCGUGGCAUCGAGUUCUUUGAGAUUUGGGCCUAUCGAAGUAAUAGAAAAACAAGUGCAGCAUGCAGCUUUAAUAGUCUGUAAAGAAAACAAAAACGUAUAUAUAUACAUAUAUAUAUAUACACACAUAUAUAAAUGCGUCCCUGUUUUAUGAAAGUAACAACAUUUGAAAGAAGAAAAGGUGAACGUACGUCUCCGACCAAAAAACAGUAUAAAUAGUGAUUUAGCAAGUUGCAUUUGGUAAACUGCCAAGAUAAAUUAAAAAAAAAAGAAGAACGAAAACGAAGCAAUAAAGGAAGCAGCGACAGAAAGUCAACCGUGUCAACCAAGAAACCGAAUCGAAUCACUACACAGUGAAGAUAAGCAAGGAUGAAGAUGGAAGAGAGGGGGGAAGAACUUACAGAACAAUAGUUUUCCGUCACAAUCGAUUGAUUCAUCUUCGACUCGUCAGUAUUUUAGGUAUGUUUACAAAUCAAAUUAUUCUAGUCUCUAAUGAGCACUGUUUACACGUUGAUUUUAAUCUGUACUCGAAACAACGUAUAUUUGUUUUUUUUUUAUCUUGGUCCUUUAAUGGAACCAAUAAGUAUAUACACAUAAAAAGAAAGAAAGAAAACCAAUAAUAUAAAUUCUUUCUUUCGUUACGUUACUUCGAGAUUUAUUCGUAGACGCACUAUGUUUCUAAGGUUUUGUUAAGAAUCAUUAGGUAAUCCAGUAAGCUUGUCAAGAAGUGAAAGAGUAUGAUUAUAAAAAAAAAAGAAAUAAAAGCAAAUUCCUUUGUUCGAUGCAAAAGGAAGAGAAACGUUGCAUGCUGCGACACACGGUAGUACUUCCUGCUCUUAUCAUAUCAUAUCUCUAAAGAAACGAACGAAAAAGGAAACGGUACCCCUCGUUGUGGCAGGCACGAAGCUUAAUAUAGAUAAAAAAGGAAAAAAAAAAACAGAAAAAUAUAAGCUGGCGAUUCUUCUCCGUGCAUUUGAAAAUUAGUAGUUCAAAAAGGGAGAGAGAGAGAGAGAGAAAGAGAGAGAGAGAAAGAAAUUAUAUGAGGUAACGUUAAUGCGAAAGGAAUAGAUUACAAUACGUUAAAAAUCAAACAUUUAAAUGUCUUGCAAAACGAGAAAUCGUACAUGACAUAUAUUCGAGGAAAAAAGAUAGAAAACAAUUGUCUAGACUUGCCACUGAUAAUAGAUCCUGUCUGUGCAUUGUUAAAAGAAACAAAAAAAUAUAGGCGAGACACAUAAUGGUUACAAUAUUUACUCAGGAUGCUUUAUUAUGGUCCACCAUAUAAAUACAAUAUAUAUGCGUGUGUGAAUUAUUGGUUCGUGGUGCUAGCGAAUAAUACAUCCAUACCAUGUAAAUGUAUUUGUUAUAAAAAUUACAGAAUCGUUCCGACAUUUUACUAUACUGUGGAACGAUCGUGUAAUAUAUUAUACAAGGUUCAUAAGUAAAUUAUACCACCGGUAUAUCAUAGGAACAAUACUUUAUCUAUAUUUAAAACAAAAAUUAAAAAACAACGUACAGUUUGCUAAAUAACUUCUAUUUAUGUAUAUAUUAACAUGAUCCAUAAAGAUGAAAAAUCCACGUAAAACACAUACAUAUAUAUAGAAAUACACAUAUUUUUUAGGGUUGUUUACAUGAUCAGCCUUAAGAUUUAAUUGAAAUUAUAAAAAAUGCAAUGUGUAUACAACAUAUAUACAGAUAUAAUGGGCAGAGCUAUACCGUGUUACGUUAUCUACAAUAAUGAUUGAAUGUGAAUAACUAUCUUGCCAUACCAAAUGUUAGAAAGCACAUCCAUAUACAUAUUUCUAUUCGAAUAGCUUCGACAAAUUUGUUUUGCGUACAAAAAAUUGGCUAUACUAUAUAGAAUUGGUUGAUAAAAAGGAUAGGAAUCAUAGAGGGAACAACGGAAACGCGAAAUCAAGCGAAACAGGUUAAACUACUAAAAAAAGUGAAAAAACAGCAGGAAUAAUAAUAGAGGGCUCUUGAAAAAUUUGCGCAUAACAUUUGUAGUAAAUUGCACGAAGCCUAUGUACACCUAAGCUAAUCAGUUGUAAUCAUCUUUUAUUAUUAGAAGUUUUAAUUUCAUAUAUAUUAAAAAAAAAGUAAUUCUGAAGUAUUUAAUAGUCAUGGUUAGCAGAGUUAUAUAAAUAAUGCCUGUGAUAAUAGUAUCGUCAGGAUAAGUUGUGUCCUUACAGAGUCUCUGAUGUUGUUGCUAGGUAAAUAUGAUUAGGGAUACCAACGAGAUGCUAUUAGCAAUGCCUUGUGGAAGGUGUAUUUAUGUUUAAUGCACAAUAACACCCGACACAAUGCUAUCGAUGGUCUCUAGCGGUACAUUGAAUAUAAGAAUGAAAAAGAAAAUAUCGAGAAAAAAAAUAAAGAGAAUAUGUUGCAAAAAUUUUGCCAGUCGUAUUUAAAGAAAAAAAAAAAAUAAACUCAUAGCGUAACGAAUGGAUGACCAUUAAUGAGAGGGUCUUUUACCUCACAAAAUUAUUAUAUUACGCUCACCUUAUAUAUACUUGAAUAUUUUAGUAUAGAUUUACUCUAUUUACAUAUUUUUAUCUGUGGAAGACUACUUGGCUAAUUUAGGCCACUGUUGAAAUUCACCCCUUAUUUGCCUUGAUGUUUAAAUUACAAUAAUAAUAUAAAAAAAAAGAAACGAGGAUUACUUGUUACGUAAAUGGUAAUUGUGAUAGAUUUUUUGAUGAUUUUUACAAUCUCAAAAGUCUUAUUAUCCUAAUAUGUAUAGAAUUAUAAUAGUCACUCUCUACAUAAACUACAUAAAAAGCUCUGCUUACAUUGUUAAAAACUAAUAAUUAUUAAAUGAAAAAAAAUAAUGAAUAUAUCACCCUUAUCGUAAGCAAUUUACGAGGCAAAAGAAAUACAGUCUAUCAAAUGAUAUAUUCAAAUAUGUUCUAUGUACUAUACUUUUAACUAAUCUAAUGUUUUUAUCGCAAAAAGAAAAAAAAAACAUAGUUUCCAAGGCCUUUUUUGGGUGCCACCUGAAAACUUCGACACGAUUUCGGUUUCUCUAAUCGUUUUUUGUAUUCAUUUUUCAAUGAAAAAAUUAUCUAUACGCAGCUUUAAAGAGAAAAUAUUAGGGAAAAAAUUUUAUGGGAAAUAUCUAUCGUUUUCGUGAUUUACAUCCAAGACAUCUCUGUAGUAACGAUCAACAAAUGUAUUUGAUUCGGUAACAUUUGUAUAAUCUAGAAUGCAACAGAGAAUUCUUUGGGUUCCAUUUGAUUCUUCUUACAAUACAAAUUUCCCCUAGUGUUAUUUAUCGUUAGACCAAACGUUCAAAAAAUGUCGCGCUUAUAUCAAGGUAUUUUAAAACUUAGCCACGAUGAAGUUUUACCUCAGAUACAAAUAAUAUCGAAUUUUAAUUUUUUAUCUAUCGAACAUCACAGUUUUUUUUUUUUUUUUCUUUUCUUCGUUACAACGCUUGGUCCAUCGAUCUUGUAACGCAUAGUCAAGUUACUUAAAUUUUUAUGGAUCGAAAGCCCGCGAGAAUGAGAGAAAAAAAAUUAGUUCGAACGUUUGCGAUAUAAAUUGCUGCAGCCGUAAAUACCGUGUCAUAAAAUUGUACGAAUGUAUCGUAAUAAAAAGCCGUUGUCUGCCAACCGUAAAGUUGACGAAGAACAGGAAAUUUGUAUCGCGUAAAUAGUAAAACAAAAAACGCUUAAAAAACUAACGACUCAAAUCGUAAUUGAGAAAAAUGAAUUAAAAGAGAAACAUGUUCCUGAUUUCGAAGUUCGUAUCAUAUUUAAACAAUACAAUAAAGUAAAAUAACUCGCGUGUUUUUUGCGAAUAUCGACGGGGGCAUCUACGCAUACAAUUAUAUAUAUAUAUAUCUAUAUACACGCAUACACACGAUAUAUAAUAUAUAUAUACAUAUACACGUUAACGAUAAGAUUUAAAAAUGAAAAAAAGACGCAACAUUAACUGAAUUCUAGCCUACGGUUAAUCAUAGUCUUCCUAGUGUUCUGGAAAAGGAAAAAGUUCAUCUUUUUUCGAUUGCUGAGUUUGUUUUAAGUCAUGGUUUUCCAGAAGCUGUGUCGCGACCGAUUCUUAGGUAGAAAGAGCGUAACGAAUAAAACGUAUCCUCCCCCAACGGUGUUUAUGCUGACAAGAAUUGGCAAGUUGAACGAUUUGUCUCAAAUAUUUUAUCGGACAUGACUUUCAUCCGUUACAUAAAUCCAUUUCGAAAAUAGGAAAGAGAAGGAAAAUUGUUCACACGUAUAUUUUCCUUCGUGUUAUUUCGAGCCUAUUUGUACAAAAGGAAUAAUGGAUGCAAAAGUUACGGAAAAGGAGGUAUAGGGAAAUAAAGAAAGAAAGAGAGAAUGAAAAUGGUAGAACAGGUUCGCGGAAGAACCGUAUUUUAUAGUAUAUUACGUAAAACAAGUGCGUUUCUUCGUUGCUUUUUUUUCUCUUAAUUUGCCUUCUUUUUAAAUACCAUUUUUUCCAUUCUUUUACUCGUUUCUGGUAAGUCAUCUUUAAACGACAUUAAUUUUAUCUUUGCCGAGGCAUUAUGUAUAAAUAUGUGUUCUGUAUUAAGAUUAAGGACACGCUCUAACGCAAUUUCUAUCGAAUCGUGUUAGUGUAUUUUUUCUUUUUUUUUUUUCCUUUUUUUUGCUGACAUGAAUUUAUCGUUUGUUCUUCUGGAUGCGUGUGCUUUUACCAUUCAUGACGAUUAUUCUGUGAACAAGGAAUAUCGUUUCCGGUUCAUUUUGUAUUAUUUACGCGCUGUGUAGCGUUUACCCUUUACGUUUUUUCUUCUUUCCCACAUGACUUUGACGUGUUUUUUAUUCUUUUGUAUUUUUUUUACCUCUUACCUCUUCUAUUUUCAUCUUGCGAAUUCAUCCGAUUUUGAUCAUUGUUACUGUUUCGUGUUUUGUUUGUUUCCCUUUCCUUCUAAAUCAUUCAGUUAUUUCUUC